AUGAACGCGUCAAUAGAUAAAUUUAUUAAAUUCACAAAUAUUACUGAUGUCAGGGAGAAACUACUUCGUUGGACUCAAUUCCUAAUUGUCCUUCUCAUUGCGUGGUUCCCACGGAUAAAGGUACUACCACAACUCAAAUUACAAAUAUUGAUUAUAAGGAAAGUAUUAAGAUGUUUUAAACCUUUACAUCAUGCAAACGUUGCUCAAAAAAAUUAUAAAACGAAUAGUAAUGCAUUACUCAUAUUGAAAAACAUUUUUUUUAUGUUAUAUUUGGGCCUUGACCAGAUAGUGUUGUUACGUAUGGUUAACAUGCUACCUACUAAUCCCUUAACAUUACAAUUGGCACCUAAAUUUGCGAACUUAUUUUGGUUAACUGCAUUAAGUAUUGAUAUCAGAAUAAACUUGAAUAACAUGAAAGUUAUGGAUGAUGAUUUAAUACAGAACAAAUCGAAAGAAAACAGGAACCUACAAAGAAUUCAAACCUCCCAGAAACAAUAUAACGCCCUUAGAAAAAUAGUAUGGGAUAUAAUGGAUUCGUAUAUUGUUUCUACUUACCUUAACUAUAUGAAACCUUAUAAUACUCUUGUUGGUAUUUUUGGAAUGACCACAUCUAUGCUUGCGUUACAGGAUAUUUGGCAGAAGUGUUAA